AAACCUCCUCUUUGUACUGGAACCUGUAAUAGCCAUUGGACGACCUUCGCGCAUGCGCACAAUGAACGCUAGUCGGGCUACCAAACUGGUCAAACAGCGGGUGUGAAAAUGCAUAAGCUGAAGUCUUCACAGAGGGACAAGGUACGGCAGUUCAUGUCCUUCACACAGGCUGGGGAGAAGACAGCUGUGUACUGCCUCACACAGAAUGACUGGAAAUUAGAAGUUGCUACCGACAACUACUUCCAGAACCCAGAUCUUUACUGUAAGGAAUCCAUGAAAACCUCAGUAGACCGAAAAAAGCUGGAGCAGCUCUACAAUCGCUACAAAGAUCCCCAGGAUGAGAAUAAAAUUGGUAUCGAUGGAAUCCAGCAGUUUUGUGAUGACCUGUCGCUAGAUCCAGCCAGCAUCACUGUGCUCGUCGUUGCGUGGAAGUUUCGUGCCGCUACUCAGUGUGAGUUCACCAAGAAGGAGUUUCUGGAUGGAAUGACAGAGCUGGGGUGUGACAGCCCCGAAAAACUGAAGGCCCUUUUGCCAAGAUUAGAACAGGAGCUAAAAGAUAGUGGAAAAUUCAAGGACUUCUACCAGUUCACCUUUAACUUUGCCAAAAAUCCUGGACAGAAGGGUCUAGACUUGGAGAUGGCUGUAGCCUACUGGAACUUGGUUCUGUCAGGACGAUUUAAGUUCCUUGAUCUUUGGAAUAGAUUCCUUUUGGAACACCAUAAACGAUCCAUCCCAAAGGACACAUGGAACCUAUUGUUGGACUUUGGUAACAUGAUUGCAGAUGACAUGUCAAACUAUGAUGAAGAAGGUGCAUGGCCAGUCCUUAUAGACGAUUUUGUGGAAUUUGCUCGACCAAUUGUAACAGGAUCAAAACGUAAAACUCUCUAAAUCCAAUCCCAACUCUGGAAAGCCAGAAUGUUUUCUUUUACACUGACUUAAUAGUUUUUUUUAAGACUUGUACAAAAAAGUGAAAAUUGUAGACUUCAGAGAGAAAACAGAAGCAAAGCAGGAAACCACCUUUCAGAGAGCUGAGUAAAAACAAUGAGAACAACUGGCCACAUGUUCUGUCCUCAUGAAACUGAGGCAUCAUAUGGACAUUGCCAGAUUCACCUCUGUCUCUCCUGUUGGAUGCUCAGUAUCCUGGACGCCCCACUGCUCUUUUCCAGGAGCACUACAUGUCGGGCCACAGCCCUGUAAGUGGGGAUGGACACAGCACCGAGAGCAGGUUCACUGCCUGUGUGCGCUCUAAAUGGACUGGACAGCAGAAAGCAGUGUGUUUUAAGAUUCUUCCUAGUCAAGUUUGUUUUGUUAUAUGAAGCUCUGAGUGAUUGUGCAGAGUUCCCGAACUUUGGGACAGAGUGCUUGCUACACCAGCACCAACAGAACUGUUGCAGUUUUUACUGUACAUACUGUAUCUAUUGGGACAGUUUACAAAGAGAGCUAUAUGAAGAAUAAUAUAAAUAUGUUGAAUUUAUAAAUGCAAAAGCUGAUUUCUUUUAUGUACAGGAAAUACUAAGAUCUCUAACAGCUGCCUCAGUAUUGUGGAUGAUACGCUGUUGGUUUAAUUGUUAGGUGCAUCUGUCCAGUCACAGAAUCGUGAGCUUCUCAUUGACCGCAUGGUAAACUCAUUUUAUUUCACUAGGGGCUGGUUUCACAAUUAAACUGUCACUAAAGUAAAAGCAGUGCUUUGAUUUCGAUGGCUGAUAUUGAUUCAUGGUGUUCAUAUGUCUGUAGAGUCCCAGCUGGGAGUUGGUCCUAUUCACAGAACCAUGGUUUUGCUUUCAAAAGAUAAUGUAUUAAUUGAAAGUGUCAGCUGAUUCUGCAGCAAUUUAAGAGAAUUUAAAUUAAGAAAUUCCAGGCCCUUAGGAUUGCAUGCCACAUAUCUGUAUGUUAUGGCAUUGUGAAGCCCUUAGUUCAAAAGUCAGGACACUUAUGAGGGGAACAACAGGACAACAAACAAACAACAAACAGCCUUAAGAAUAAAUACCUGUCUCUUCUCUAUUUUCUGUUCAAGUCCAUCUGUUCAGUGUUACUGAAGGUAGUGAAAAUUAGAAUAUGUUGUUGAUACAUCAUGUAAGUAGCCUAAGUUUAUUGUUCAUUUAAGAAAGAUGAAUAAAGCAUGAGUUUUUCCAUAAUCGUAC